UCCCAUUUCCCCAAAAUUUCAAGCUUCCUAAAUAGCUUCUUUCUCUGCAUUGAAGAGGAAGACAUUCUAAACUAAACCUAAAGGAGGAACCAUUUUCACAAACACAAAAACAGACAAAAACCCUCAUUCCACCCCUUAACCCCUUCCUACCCCCCACACCCAAAAGCCAUUAUUGUUCAUUGAAGAAUGCUUCCCAUAACCUGCAUUCUUUUAAUGUUCCUUCUCAGUUCAUCUUUCUCUCCCCCAAUCAUAGCCAAAACUUUCUCCAAUCUCACUUUGCCCCACCAACACCCUUACCCUGAAGCUGUUGUUCACCAAGUUCAGAGGGAAAUCAAUGUCUCACUCACAAGAAGGCAAAUGCUCUCAAAGGACCAAUCUGCUGCUCCUUCCUGUUUGACAGGAAACCCAGUUGACGAUUGCUGGCGGUGCGACACAAACUGGGCAGCAAACCGCCAGAAGCUAGCGGAAUGCGGCAUAGGAUUCGGCCGCGCCGCCAUGGGAGGCAAAAACGGCCAGAUCUAUGUUGUUACAGACUCCUCCGACCGUGACCCGGCGAACCCAGUUCCAGGCACACUCCGCCACGCCGUCAUCCAAGACGAGCCACUCUGGAUCGUGUUCGCCGCCGACAUGACAAUCAACCUCCGUCACGAGCUAAUCUUCAACAGCUACAAAACCGUCGACGGGCGCGGCGCGAAUGUCCAAAUCACCGGCCACGGCUGCAUCACACUCCAAUACAUCUCCAACGUGAUCAUCCACAACAUCCAUGUCCACCACUGCAAACCCUCCGGGAACACGAACAUACGCGCGAGUCCCACACACGUUGGGUGGAGAGGCGUAUCGGACGGCGACGGGAUCUCCAUCUUCGGCGCUCGGAACAUCUGGAUCGACCAUUGCUCGUUGUCGUACUGCGCCGAUGGGUUGAUUGAUGCGAUAAUGGGAUCGACGGCGAUAACGAUUUCGAACAACCAUUUUGCUCACCAUGAUGAGGUGAUGCUGCUUGGGCACAAUGAUAAGUAUACGCCGGAUAGGGGAAUGCAGGUGACGAUUGCGUUCAACCAUUUUGGUGCUGGUUUGGUGCAGCGAAUGCCAAGGUGUAGGCUCGGUUAUAUUCAUGUGGUGAACAAUGAUUUCACGCAGUGGGAGAUGUAUGCCAUCGGCGGCAGCGCUAACCCCACCAUCAACAGCCAGGGUAACCGUUAUACUGCUCCGGCGGAUAAUAAUGCCAAAGAGGUGACAAAGCGCGUGGACACGAAUGAAGGCCAGUGGAGUGAUUGGAAUUGGAAGACGGAGGGGGAUAUAAUGGUAAAUGGAGCAUUCUUUGUGCCUUCAGGUGCGGGGGCCAGUGCUCAGUAUGCAGAAGCCACCAGCUUGCAAGCUAAAUCCGCCGUGGCAAUCGACCAGCUCACCAUGUACUCAGGAGUCUUCGGCGACCCCAGGGAUAAUGGGGAUCUAUUCCCCGGUUUCAACGGCGGUGGGACCGUGACCGGAGCCUCUAGCAGAGGCAGCAGUGGUGGGUCCUCCAGCAGUGACGAUGGAGACUUCUUUGGGAUGAUAUUCAGAGGCAGCACCAGCAGCCAAGCACCGCCCUCUUCACCCUCGUCAACCAUUAUAAUUGUUUCAACCUUUUUGUCUCUUUUAAUUAUUUUCAUUUUGGAUUCUACCACCAACCAUGCUAUUAUUCUAUUAUCAUUACUAUGAUCCCAAAAUUGGGAUUUGGGAGUGGGAAAAGGAUUCCUUUGAUACAAUUUGUCAAAUGGAAAAGAGAAAGAUCAAAGUUUCUAUAAUUUGUUUUCAAUUUAGAAAAUUAGAAAUCAUUAUUAUGUA